GACAGUUCUCCGUGCCGUGGUCGUGAAUUUGCGAUUUUUUUCUUGUGUGUUUAAUAUUUUUAUUUGUGCCGCAAAUCGCCUUUGUCUGUCUGUCUGCGCUGAUUGUGUGCUAGUUUAACCAGCGCCAGUUGGAAUUUAUUGUAUAAAAUUCGUUUGCGAUAUUUAAAUAAAGGCGACUGCAAAAACAAGUGCGAAAUUCAGCCAAACAAACUGACGGACGUUGUGAGUGAAGAUGUCAAAAACCAGCGUUGGCGAUAAAAUUUUGAUACGCGUGCAGUCGGCAGAAGGCCUCAAACGUAUCGAGAUUUCACCGAAAGCCAAUUUAAAAGAACUCUUCGAAACGGUACAACAAACUCUGAAAGUUGAUGGCUUCGGACUUUUCAAGGAACGCAAUUUCCUUACAGAAUUGCAUUCUAGUCAUUCGCAGAAAGUGGGCUCUUGCCUAAAACAUGGCGACAUGCUAUUCUUAAAGAAAAUAGCUGGUACUUCAAUACGUCGCACCAGCACUACAGCUAUAGAUGAUUUUGAAACUACCAGCACCAGCCGACCGCCAGCACGUAGCAGCAAACAAUUUCAGCCUUCCACUGCAGUAGCAGAGGAUGAAGUGGAUCAAACGCUGUCGAAGAUGGAUGGCUUAAUAGAGCGCGCACGCGAUCCAAAAGCUUGCCGCCACAAUGCUAAUGGUCGUUGUGUUCAUUGUACACCAAUCGAACCGUAUGAUGAUAACUAUCUGAAGGAGCAAAAAAUCAAGCAUUUGUCCUUCCAUUCGUAUAUACGCAAGCAGAAGUCAGGCAUUGAUGGCGGCAAGUAUGUCGCUUUUGAUGAUAUCAAUUGCCGUAUUAAGUCUGGUUGUCGUGAGCAUCCACCAUGGCCCAAAGGUAUCUGUUCCAAAUGUCAGCCAUCGGCUGUUACACUGAAUCGCCAAAUUUAUCGACACGUUGAUAAUAUUAUGUUCGAGAAUCCAACUAUAGUGGAGCGUUUUCUCGACUAUUGGCGUACUACAGCCCAUCAAAGAAUGGGUUUUCUUUAUGGCACUUAUGAAGUCCAUGCUGAUGUACCACUUGGUAUACGUGCUACUGUUGCAGCCAUUUACGAGCCGCCGCAAGAAUCAACACGUGAUUCUAUUAGAUUGCUGGAUGAUGAAGCGGCUGCCGAGGUGGAUGAAUUAGCACAUGCAUUGGGUUUGAAAAAGGUUGGUUGGAUAUUUACUGAUCUCAUUACUGAUGAUCCAGCUGUUGGCAGUGUAAAGCAAUUGCGCGGCAUUGAGACGCAUUUCCUCACUGCGCAAGAAUGCAUUACAGCCGGAGAAUUGCAAAACCGUCAUCCGAAUCCAUGUAAAUAUGCUUCGAGUGGUUAUUUUGGUUCGAAAUUUGUUACUGUCUGUGUAACAGGCGACAGCAGUAAGCAAGUGCAUACAGAGGGUUAUGCUGUUUCAGCCCAAUGUAUGGCCUUAGUGCGUGACAAUUGUUUAAUACCCACUAAGGAUGCACCCGAAUUGGGUUACGUACGCGAAUCAACGGAUAAACAAUACGUUCCGGAUGUUUACUAUAAGGUAUAUGAAAAAGACCAAUAUGGCAAUGAAGUUCAACGUUUGGCGCGUCCUUUGCCAGUCGAAUAUUUGCUAGUUGAUGUACCCGCCUCAACACCACUUCAGCCGCAAUUCACAUUCACUCAAUACAAGAAACGUGGUGAACCAUUCCCCGUGGAGAAUCGUUACCUGGAUGGACAUUUGCAAGAUUUUAGUGCGCUAAGCACGUAUCUAUCCCACUGGAUGGAUGAGGAGUUUCUCGAGGCAAUUUCGGAUUUUCAUUUGUUGCUGUUUUUGUAUAGAAUGGACACGGUGCCAUUGCGAACACACAUGGGCCCACUGUUGGAGGCCGUACGCACCAAAAAUACAGAUUUGGCAUACAGCUUUAAGGCUAGCGAACCAUGGAAGCUGCUGGAGUCGCUAAUACAAGCGAGCACUGGCGGUGUUAGCAGUGGUCCCUCUGCUAGUAAUACAGCUGUUGCGUCUAGCGCCAGCUCUGCCGCGGCUGCUGCCGGUGCGAACAAUCAAUGGCAAUGUAAUCAUUGCACCUUCAUCAAUCCUGGCGAAUUGAGCUCAUGCGAGAUGUGUUCGCUGCCCAGAUAAGCGCACAUUGCUCUGCGCCUGCUUACGCUGUCAUUUGCCUCUUUGCUGCCUGCGCGGUGGUUGUCCUCGUGGGCAAAAUCUGCUGACUGGCUGGUGUUACAUUCAGCUAAAGGCACAUGGGUGUAGCAGAAUUGUUGAUUGGCAUGAUUUCAUUACUUCAUUUAAAUUAUAAACACAAAAAAGAAAAAAAAUAAUAAAAAAUAAAAAAUUUAAAUUUACAGCAAGUAAGCAUAUGAAGAGCAUAAUACUAUGUACUGUAAACUUUUCGUAAUAUUCUCAGAUUAUUUCUAUGUAAUUUAUUUAAAAAAUAAAUUUUAAAUGUUGCGUAGUAGCUGAAUGGUAAUAAUGGUUGGAAGAUGCAUACUCUCACACUCUAUUAUAUGUAUGUACGUAUGUAUGUUAAUUUAAUAAAGGUUUGGCGAAUGCUGAGAAUACAUAUUUAAA